GCCGGAGGAGGCCAGGGUGGGCAGGGUGGUUGUGUCGCCCCGUGGAUCUAGGUGGCGCGGCAGGAGAGAAGCCGGACAGGAUCAGCUGUUUUGACUCUCCUGUUGGCUGGCUAUUUAGCACAACAGUAUUUGCCAUUGCCUACUCCAAAAGUGAUUGGCAUUGACCUGGGUACCACCUAUUGUUCCGUUGGGGUGUUUUUUCCUGGCACAGGAAAAGUAAAGGUGAUUCCAGAUGAAAAUGGGCAUAUCAGCAUACCCAGUAUGGUAUCCUUUACUGACAAUGAUGUAUAUGUAGGAUAUGAAAGCUUAGAGCUGGCAGAUUCCAACCCUCAAAAUACAAUAUAUGAUGCCAAAAGAUUCAUAGGUAAGAUUUUCACUCCAGAAGAGCUGGAGGCUGAAAUUGGCAGAUACCCAUUUAAGGUUUUACACAAAAAUGGAAUGGCUGAAUUUUCUGUGACAAGUAAUGAAACCAUCACGGUUUCCCCAGAGUAUGUUGGCUCUCGACUACUGUUGAAAUUAAAGGAAAUGGCAGAGGAAUAUCUGGGAAUGCCAGUUGCCAAUGCUGUCAUUUCUGUACCAGCAGAAUUUGACCUAAAACAGAGAAAUUCAACAGUUGAAGCUGCCAAUCUUGCAGGACUGAAGAUCUUGAGGGUAAUAAAUGAACCAACAGCAGCAGCCAUGGCAUAUGGUCUCCACAAGGCUGACGUCUUCCAUGUCUUGGUUAUAGACUUGGGCGGAGGAACUCUGGACGUGUCAUUACUGAAUAAACAAGGGGGCAUGUUUCUAACCCGUGCUAUGUCUGGAAACAAUAAACUUGGGGGACAGGACUUCAAUCAGAGGCUGCUGCAGUACUUAUACAGACAGAUCUACCAAACACACGGCUUCUUCCCCUUUAGGAAAGAAGAAGUCCACAGGUUGAGACAAGCUGUGGAAAUGGUCAAAUUAAAUCUGACUCUUCAUCAGUCUGCCCAGAUAUCAGUGCUAUUAACAGUAGAGGAAAAGGACAGGAAGGACCCUCAGACUGGAGACCCUGAACUGCCAAAGGACCUGCAUAUGCCAGCCGAUGGUCACCAUGAGAACAGGGUGCUCAGACCUGGCCUUUCUGAAAAGAAAAGUGGAAAAAAUCAGAUUUUAUUUGAAAUGGAAAUACCACGGAAGCUCUUUGAUGCCCUUAAUGAAGAUCUCUUUCAGAAAAUCCUUGUGCCCAUUCAGCAAGUAUUAAAAGAAGGCCACCUAGACAAGACAGAGAUUGAUGAGGUGGUUUUGGUCGGGGGUUCUACUCGUAUUCCUCGAAUCCGCCAGGUCAUACAAGAGUUCUUUGGAAAGGAUCCCAACACAUCUGUAGACCCUGACCUGGCUGUGGUGACAGGAGUGGCUAUCCAAGCAGGGAUCGAUGGAGGCUCUUGGCCUCUUCAAGUCAGUGCUUUAGAAAUUCCCAAUAAGCAUUUACAAAAAACCAACUUCAACUAAAUUCUGAAGUCAUGAUGAUAAUUUGUUUAGAAUUUUGAUCUUGUCUGAUGAUCUUUUCUCUGUUGUCAGAUCACCUCUGCCAAAAAAGAAAGUUUCUACCUUAAGUGUCUCACAAAUUGAAGUAAAAGGCAAAAUUUCCAUAGAGGAAAUUUUUCAUAGUGUUUUGAUUUACAAUUGGCUGUGAUCAGAUAGAUCCUGUUUGAUUUUGGAGAAAUUUCAUUCCAACAAGUACUUCUAAAAUGACAGAAUUGAAGUAAAACUGACCUGAGGAGCAUAAGUGGCUGUAUUUUCUAGAUUCUGGAAGUAGGUAACCAUAUGCACUUAGCAUUAUGUUCUCUAAACAUUAGAUAGUGCCAAUUAUAAGAUUCCCAGUUCUUACUGAAUUAUAUUAGUAGGAGCUGGUAAUUUCUUUACUUGGUUAUCACAUGUUAUUAUUAAUUUGAUGUAUACUUGAAGGACAGUGUUGAUG